CGAUUCUAUACGACGUCGUUCGAAGAGUGUUCCGAUCACCCCUAGAGAUGAAAACCGCCUUCUUCGACUCCGCCAAGAUCCUUCAGUCGCUAGCUUGUUGAAUGUAUACGAUGAACAUGGAUGCCUUGAUUCGAAGGUGUUCUCGAAUACUCCACCAUCCCCGGCCCAUGAAGGGCGCGCACAAACUCGCCGCCGUAGAUCUACUUUGCGCCAACUCCUGGGGCGUCCAGGUUGCCAAGUCCUUGGCGCUGCUGAAGGCGAUAUAUCAUGGGCAGAAAAAUUUCUUGAGUGCGUACAAGACUAUGCAUUUGCCCGUCGUAUCACUCACGUCCUCUCAUUAGCGAAGCAGAGGAUACCCCCUCCGAGUCGUCGUCUCAAGGGCUCGAAACACCAAAAGACUUUCUUUUCAAUAACGAUCAUUUUAACCACGUCCACAACACUACGUUCUCUACCACCUGCGAUACCUCUGAAAACAUGAACCAUCCU